UCCUCCUGCAAUUCUCGUCCACUCCGUGACGCCACCACGCCGCCUCGCCUCGACCCGAUCUCCUCUCCACCCACCCGAUCCACCCGCCGGAGAGGAAGGCCGCCGCCGCCGCCAUGCUCAGGGUCGCCGGGAGGCGCCUCACCACCGCCCUCGCCUGGCGCCCCGCCGCGGCGGCCGGCGCCAGGGGCCCGCUCGCCGGGGGCUCCCUCCCCGGCGACGACGAAUUCUCGCGUGAGCCCCAGAGGCCGCGCUUCGCCGUGGAUUCCCCGUUCUUCGCCGCUUCGAGGGGCUUUUCCUCAGAAACUCUUGUUCCAAGGAACCAGGAUGUAAGCUUGACUGAGCUUCCAGCAACAGUGUCAGCUGUGAAGAAUCCCAGUGCAAAGAUUGUAUAUGAUGAAUAUAACCAUGAAAGAUACCAGCCAGGUGACCCAAGUAAAAGAGCGUUUGCAUACUUUGUGUUGAGUGGUGGAAGGUUUAUUUAUGCUUCGCUUCUGCGCUUGCUCGUUUUGAAGUUUGUUCUAAGCAUGUCUGCUAGCAAGGAUGUUCUUGCUCUUGCUUCCCUUGAGGUGGAUCUCUCUAGUAUUGAGCCUGGCACCACUGUGACCGUGAAGUGGCGGGGCAAGCCAGUUUUUAUCAGGCGCAGGACAGAGGAAGACAUCAACUUGGCGAACAGCGUUGACAUUGGAUCUCUUCGUGACCCACAGCAGGAUGCGGAACGAGUCAAGAACCCUGAGUGGCUGGUUGUGAUUGGGGUGUGUACUCAUCUGGGCUGCAUUCCACUUCCCAACGCUGGUGACUUUGGUGGCUGGUUCUGUCCAUGCCAUGGAUCACAUUAUGAUAUAUCAGGUAGAAUCCGUAAGGGCCCUGCACCAUACAACCUCGAAGUCCCGACCUACUCAUUUCUGGAAGAGAACAAAUUGCUCAUCGGCUGAGAUUACAUUGACCACAGGGUUUAAAAUCUUAUGGCACUUCUAUUCUCUGUUGGUUUGACGUUUCACCUUUUUGUUGCUCUACUUUGUUGGACACCUUCUAGUAAAGAAUAAUGAGCUGCUACUUGGCUACUGUUAAUUAAUUUCCAAGUUUGGUUCUGUUACCUGAAAUCAAUAGGAGUUAUCUUGUAAUUGUCUUACAAGCUGGCACAGUGAAGCUUAUAUGUUGUCAACUGACAUCCCUUCUCUUCAAUCUUCGUGUAUGUGAUUGAAUGUAGUUGAUUUGUUUGUUAUGAGAAACUUUUUGCCAAUACUAUUUGUGACAUCAUGAUGAUAGAA